AUGGCUGAACUGAUUGAGAUGCACUGGACUAUGCUCAUCGGUUGGCUUGCAAAGCGCAGCAUCAGGCGGAUCUGUAUAUCGUGUGGAGUGACAGCUCUGAUGUUCCAUCUGAUCCGACGUCUUUAUCAGCAGCAUCAGCAGAAUGAGAGGUUACGGAAGAAGCGAGACUCUGUCAAGCAGAACAUCAAUGCUGUGAGAUCCCAACUGGCACAGGUGGACGUUACCGAUGAUUUACUGGCGCUCACGGACUUGGGAUUGGGUGAGCUGAGCCAAAAGAUUGCUUCUGGAGAUGUUACACCAAUCCAGUUGCUUCACGCUUUCCAGACCAAGGCACUGCAAUUGUAUGAUAAGGGCAAUUCAGGGAUUUGUGAAUUCGUUCUACAGGCGCAAUCCGUUUUUGAAGGUAGUUCGAUUGAGGAGGAACAGGAGGAGCAUUUGUCAACAAUGCGAAAAUCCCCACUGUACGGCAUCCCGAUUAGCUUGAAGGAAACAUUUUGUAUGAAGGGAUAUGACAGUACUGGAGGUCUGAUUAAGCGCUGCAAUUCUCCAAUGGAAGAAGAUUGUGUGUUGGUCACCGUAUUACGGAAGGCUGGUGCUAUCCCAUUUGUUCGAACAACAACAUCACAAGCUAUGCGUGCUCUCGACGGAACGAACCCUGUGUUUGGCGACACGACCAAUCCAGUCAAUGCG